AUGCAAGAAGCCCUUAAUGCCUAUGAAAAUAAUGUUGCCGGUUUAAAUGAAAUCGCUAGGAGAUAUAAAGUUCCUAAAGCUACUCUGAAACGUAGAAUUGACGAUACAAACAAAAAUGUGCAUGGAUGCGAAAAAAAAUUCGGACGUUCUACGGAUCUUCCCCUAGAAAUUGAAAAUGAAAUAGUUAACCAUGUAUUGGAGCUAGAAAGAAGCUUGUUUGGAAUCACUCGCAAUGAUUUGCGAAAACUUGCCUAUGAUGUCGCCGAAGCUAAUGGGAUUUUACAUAGAUUUAAAAACGGUAAAGCCGGCAAGAAAUGGUAUUACUGCUUUAUGUCCAGGCAUAAAGAGCUAUCUCUUCGACAACCAGAGCCUACUUCAGCAGCGCGGGCUACAGGUUUCAACAAAGAAAAAGUCAAGGCUUUUUUUGAUUGCCUUACUUCUCUCUAUAAUGAGUACAAUUUCAGUCCAUCUUGCAUUUAUAAUGUAGACGAGACUGGCCUCUCUACGGUUCAGAGGCCUCAAAAAAUUAUUGCACAGAAAGGAAAACAUCAAAUAGGAGCACUUACGAGCGGAGAGCGAGGUGUAAAUACGACAUGUGUCUGUUGUUUGAACGCUGCUGGCAAUUACGUACCGCCAAUGCUUAUUUUCAAGCGCAUUAGAUUUAAAGAUUAA